AAUCAACAACAUUUAUUUACUUGUUGAGGUCGAGGGCAGUUUGAAAAUUUAUUUUCUUGUGAUUUUCAAGUAAAUUAAAGGUAGUUUAAAAACAUUCAGAAUGGAUGAAUUAUUGGACAAAAUGGAGUCUGCUAUCAUCAACCCUGAACCGCCAAAGUCAGAAUAUGAAACUCUUUACAAAAACUGGGGCAAGUUGAGCAACCAAGAAGAAAGACGGAAGGAAAUAUUGGAAGUCCAGAAAUGUCAACGGAACGACAAAAUAGACCAAUUCCGAGGAAUAUUGGAACUUGUUCAUGCAGUUGAAGAAAAUAACAUCUUCAAUAAUAAUAAAAGGGUCAAUUAUAGACCUAGUAUUUAUGUGGCGGGUUUCAACAAGGUGAACUUGUCCUACAAGAAUGUACUUAUGAUGUCUGAAUGGAUGAUCGAGAGGCCUCAAGACUUGGAAGAAAACUGGUAUGUGACUCCUUGUCCCAAAGGAGUUCGAAUGCUAGUUGUCGCUCAUCAGGGUAAAACCAAAUGUUUCACCAAGUACGGCCAGUUCAAGUUUGAAAUGAGCUCCUCUCUACCUGGUGGAUACUCCGGACCGACCGCGAAAAAAUCUUGUUGCGUGUUAGAUUGUUUUUAUUAUGAGGGAAACAACACCAUGUAUGUUGUAGAUUUUCUGGCCUGGAACAAUCAACCUAUGACCGAUUGUGAUACGGAAUUUCGUGAUUAUUGGUUGAGGUCACAGUUCAGUGAAAUGCCACAACUAGGAGUUGUCAGCAAAAGGAACGAAAGCAAGUUUGUGUUACUGCCUAAAGUCCCAUGCACCAAAGAGGAGCUGAACAAAUUUAUGAUGAAGGUUCCACAAUUUGAGCAUAACUGCCCUUAUUUAGAUGGUCUGUUGUUCUACCACAAGAAGGCACACUACCAGUCAGGGCAGACACCAUUGGUUGGAUGGCUCUUUCCUUACAUGGUCCAAGAAAUUUUGGGAACUGAUGUCACAGUCCAUGAAGUAUAUCUAGCGAAAAAACCAAAGGAUUACGUUGAUCAAGCUACGUUCAUCAAGAGUUUCGAUGAGGUGAUUUUAAAGAAGACAGCCUGGACUAGACGUCCGAAGAAGACUACCAACAUGGAUACAUCCGAAGUUAAGACUGAGGAUCAACCAGAAGAUGCUACCCAAGAGAAUGGAGCUGGUGACACAACACCUUCAGAAAUGGAAGCAGAAGACGUGCCCAAUACCUCAGAUAAGGAAGCAGAAGCGAUUGAAAUUCCGAAUAUGGAGGCAGAAGAAAUCGAAACCCCACAAAUGGAGGCUGAAGAGAUGCCAGAUACAACGGCAAACGAGGCAGGUGACUGUAAAACGCCAAAAAUGAAAGCAGAAGAGUUGCCUGACUCAACAGUUAGAGACUCCGAUGAUUCCAAGUCACCNAAGUCCCCAGAAAUGGCGGGUAGAGACUCAUCUCUGAAUCUGUCCAAUAAUUGUGCCACUCCAAAGCAAGAAGUGGAAAACGUAAGUGUUACAGCGGAGUCAGAGUAGGUAAUAUGAUUCCAAGAUGUUAAUCGGCGGUAUAAUACGAUUAUGUGAUUUUAGAAUGUGAUGUGUUGCCAAGAGAAAAAAAAUAUGUUUAAUAUUGCCACCGUGGCGUGGGAAUGUGGCAAACAAAAUCGCGGUAGUUCCUUGUUGGACCGCUAGGAGCUGCUUUAUUCAAUUUUUAUAAUAUAAAUAUUACAUGUUGGUUGUACUUUUUCUAUGAAACCUGAUAAACGUCUAUGUAGAAAAUAUGAAUCUAAACUGUAUAAAUUAGUAAUAAUAUUUUAAGAAGGCUCCUGUAUUCUUACACCUGUGACGUAAGAAGUAAGUAUUUGUCGUAAAGAUAAUGUUAUAGUUUUUGUGUCUGCAAUUGGCGUCAAGUUAUCAAAUUCAUUAUUGGUUCAAUCAAUAUUGUUGCGUUUCUUUUCUAUACACUUACUGGGCCUACAGUUUGCUACAUAUGAAUAAAUUAUCUAAAACUAACUACAGAAAAUGAUGGUCGAAUUGUAAUAAUAAUUGUAUUAUUCUACAAUUUCUGGAUUAUACUUCGCUCUAUACUACCGCCCAAUGUUUUGUGUCUAUAUUUUUGUUUACUGUGUCAUACUUUAUACCAUAAGAUGAAGAUUUGGCGCAGUUGCGCAGCGCAGCGCACUUAUCACAUGGUGAUUCUUAAAAUUGUAUGUGUUCAUUAGGUUAAAAAUGUUUUAAGUUUGUAUGAUAAUGUUGAUCCUCAUACCAUUACUUUUCUAGUUGAUAAUUUUCUUUUAUUCAUCAAGGAGGAAGGAACAAAAUUUGUAAUUUUCAAACCUCUAUAUUAUAUCGUAAAAAAUGUAGGUAAUGCUUACGUUUCAUAGUCAUCACUUUGUGUCAAGUCGAAAAGUAUUUUUUGCAGGGCAGGCCCUGUGUGUAUUUGUACACUUCCUCCUUGGUGUCUAACUGAUUCUAUUUUGUAACGUAUUUGAUUUCUUCUAAUUGGUUUUGUUACGAAUAUUAUUUUAAUAUAAGUUGUAUUUUUAUACUGUUUUAUAUACUCACUAUGGUUUUGGCAUUCAUUUUAAUUAAGUUUUACAUAUUGCACAUGCUACCAAUUAAUGUGGGGAGGAUAAAACGGCGGCCAUUUUGAGCAUUUAUGAUAAUAAAAUCUUAAAAUUAAUGAAGAUUUUAAGUGUCGCUUUAUGGCUUCAAAGUUCAUUUGCAUUUAAAUUCAAACGUCCCGAAUAAUUCUGCAUGGCAUGCACAUCAACGUACCACAAAUUGUGAAAAUUCCUGAACUGAUUGUGAACCAUACUAUAAAGAAAGUAAGUUUAAAGUCCAAUGCCACAUAGCACUGUGAAUAUAUUUUAUUUGAAUCUGACCGGGUUGUUAUUACGCCUAAAUAUGUGAGUAAUUACGUUUAUAUCUAGGUUAUGUGUCGUACUAAUGUUUCAAGGAAUUCUAUUGUGAAGGUGCUGAAAUACGAUUACCAUGGCAGUAAAUUGAAGUU